AUGGCAGACGCCAAGGCCAUGACGGCAGUCACCCUUCGCACCCGUAAGUUCAUGACCAACCGGCUGCUCGCCCGCAAGCAGUUCGUGCUCGAGGUCAUCCACCCCGGUCGCGCCAACUUAUCCAAGGCGGAGCUCACGGAGAAGCUGUCCAAGGUGUACAAGGUCAAGGACCCCAACUGCAUCUUCGCCUUCAAGUUCCGCACCCACUUCAGAGGUAGCAAGUCCUCCGGAAUCGGUCUCAUCUAUGACAACCUCGAAGCCGCCAAGAAGUUCGAGCCCAAGUACCGCCUCAUCAGGGCGCCAACUAGUCGCGCCGCGCCGGCUCGCUGCGCUGCACUAGUUGUGCCACACCAGCGUGCCUUGCUCCACCGGCGCGCGUCCGAGUCGCCCUGCCUCCGCCUCCGCUGA